AUGUUAGACCAUGAGACAGAGUUUUAUCAGUUUUCUAAUAUAUUAAUCAAAGCAUCAUCUUUAGUACAUACACUAAUCAUGAUGCCUAUGCUUAGAUUUUACAUGAAGCCAUAUGACCAAUUCUUUAUUAAACUGCCUACAGUUGUGCAUUUUAUGAAUAAAAGAAGAAAUGAAACGAAAUAAAAUUGGCCAAUAUUGAUUGAGUCUUCCUAAUAUCCUGAAGCAUUGAUGAUUAAUCUAAAGACGGAUUUAAGGUAUUCAAAAACAACUUAGAAUUAACCAUAGAAAUUCUUAAUUAAAUUUGGAUUUUCUUUUUCUAAAUUUUUCCAUUUUUAAGAAUAUUGGGUAUGCUUAAAAUACACCUUUGAGAAAAUAUUAUUUAUAUUCGACUAAACUUUAUCUAAAAUUGACUCGGAAAUUUGAAAUCAUACAUUUAAAGGCAGGAUAUCAAAAAUCAAUAUUAAUAGCCACCAUUAUUGCACGAC